CGUUUCUGAGAUUUCAGAGUGUUUGUUUUGUUUUUCGAGCACUCUGUCUUGGCUCAGAUCAAUCCGAUCAGCCUUCAAUUCUUCCAAUUCUGAGAUUUUUCAACAAGAACUUCACCGUGGAUUCUUUUGGACUGCUGGACUUGUGAUUCAACACAAACGGGACUCGACGCCGAGACCAAUGCCGAGACAAAGUUCAAGCGCAGAAAUGUCGGUUCGGUUACUAAUGCUGCUGGUCGCGGCGAUCGCAGGUGCUGGAUGGGUCGCGGCCGACCCAGUGCCGCUGCUGCCGUUUCAGACAGUGUCGACCUCUCUGGACGCGAGUGCAGAAGCCACUCAAAGUGCCUUGCUCAAUCUCACUCUUCCAAACACGGCAGCAGGCGCUGUUGUGACAAUCAACGUUCAGUUUACUUAUACAACGGGCGGAAGCUCCGGAUUCAACGCAACGCUGGACAAUCAAGUUGCUUUGGGUGCGUUUGUGACUUUGAAUGAUACAACGGGCUCUGCUGUGAUCAGUUUCCGCCCAGAGACUGGAUUCAGCGUUUUGCUCAAUAUUUCGAUUUCCGUCGGCACUGCCGACGCUACCAUUGCCGCGUCACUCGUGUGCGCUUCUUCCAGCUAUGCCCAGGUCGGCUCGUUCUCGUGCGCCGCUUGCCCUGCCAAUAGUGUCAUCGCCACCGUCGCGGCCGUUAGCAGCAGUGCUUGCGUGUGUGAUUAUGGCUACUACAGCUCCACAGGCCGUCCACCUUGCAUCGAAUGCACCGAGGGCGCCACUUGUAACUCGGUUGGUACCAUCCAGCCGGUCCCAAUCCACGGCUACUACUUUUUGAAUGGAAGCUACCCUGGUAUUGCCGAGUGCCCCAUCAAGGACGCGUGUACUGGCGGCCUUUCGAGUUCCGCGAAUUGCGCCCCUGGCUACUCUGGUCGAUUUUGCGGCGAGUGCGAUGACAACUAUUACAAACUCGGGCACACUUGUGACACUUGCUACGUCGAGCGCGCUGCUCUCGCCAUUGGAUGCAUCAUCUUCUUGUUUGCAUUCCCAGUCGCGCUGUACCUGUUUGCGUUCAUGUUCCUGGAGCUCAACACAUUCCCAGUCGUGAUUGACUACUUGCAAAUCGUGGCGCUCUUUGGCACCUUCACUGUCGCCUGGCCCGAGAAGCUCGUCGACUUCUUCAACAGCAUCUCGUUCAUUCUUUUCAACUGGCAGCUGGCAGAACCCGAGUGCGGCGUCGACGGCUUCUCGUGGUUUUGGACGUUCGGCUUCACGCUGGCCAUGCCCAUCGUCAUGCUCUUUGACAUUCUGUUUUUCAUUCUCGUCUUCUCCUUCCUCCGGACUUGCCUGUCCGUCUGUGGCUGCUGCGGCAAGCAGGCCAAAGAAGCCGUCAACAAUAGCACCGUGGACGACAUCACCGAUGCUGCCGACGGCUCAACCAUCACCUCCCCUGCCAAGGCGCUGUGCCACUUUUCGACCAUGACGGUGACCCGGUUUGCCAACUUUUCCAUUUCGGCCUACCUGACCUUCCUCGAAAUUGUAUACCUGCCAGUGACCUACAUGGCCUUCUCGCUGUAUGCGUGCACCUCCACUGCUGGAGUUACUUACUUGAAUGCCAGCCCGGACAUUACCUGCUGGGAGGGUUCGCACAGCAGCGCGCAGCCCGUGGCCAUCCUGGCCCUGCUGGUCUACACCCUUGGUAUUCCUCUCGUUCAGAUGAUUGUGCAAUGGGUUAAACUCAAGCGCGGAGAGCUUUAUGGCGACUUCCACACCAUGAUUCGAAUGGGGCCCCUUUAUCGCCGCUACGCGGAGAACCGUUGGUGGUGGCCUGCAAUCGCCUACUUCCGCCGCGCCGUCAUCACGCUCCCGGCGAUUUUCUUGAUUCACUAUCCGACCUACCAAGUGAUUGCCACGCUGGUUAUCUUGAACGGCUACCUCGUCGCAGAGCUAAUCAUCCGGCCGUACUCACGGCAGUUGGGCAACCUCAAUAACAUUCUUUUGAUUGUGGUGCAGUACCUCCUGCUGUUCUUCGGCCUUGCAUACACCAAAUCCGAGCUUGCGACCGAUGCCGAGUACAUUAUCGGCAUUGUGCUCGCCCUCGGCGGCCUUGUUCUUGGCCUGCUGUUGACUGCUCUCGAAAUUACGUGGAUGUUUACACCGAGCGUUCUUGGUUUGAAAAACAACGAGCCCAAGAUGUACUUUGUUUCUCUCCCGCCAAAACGAGACAUGAAGUUCCUGACGCGCAAGAUGGGCUCGACCACUCCUGCGCUUGUUGUCAUCGACUACAUUAGCCCCCAAAACGGCCAUCUCACUGUCGCCAAGGGUGACCGCGUUGUGGUUGUUGACAGGGACGAUGGCGCCGACAUGUGGACGGUCGAGUUUAAUAACCGACGAGGGCUGGUUCCUUCUGCUAAUCUCGAGAUUGUGUCUCAAUAGUGAGCUUGGUACGCCUUCGUUUCGUGUUUCCGCUUUUGAUGUUGAAUACAAUUUACUUGUGGUA